AUGAGAGUAGCCGGACGGAUAUCACGGAUGCAACUUGGCGCGAAACGGUAUAUGAGAAUUGGUACUUGGAAUGUGACAUUACUUACUGGAAAGGGGGUAGAGAUAGCUGAAGAAAUGGAGAAGUACAAGCUUGCCAUACUUGGAGUUAGUGAAACCAAGAGGAAGGGUAGUGGCCAAAUUAAUUUGGAUAAAAGACACGUAAUGAGAUAUUCAGGAGUCAGCAGGAAUGUGCGGGCGAAGGAAGGAGUAGCCAUUAUUAUGUCUGAAGCAGUAGAAAACAAAGUGACAGGCUGGGAACCUAUCAGCUCAAGACUAAUCUCAGUGGAUGUGGAACUGGAAGAAAGCAUUACGCUGGUGCAGGUCUACGCCCCAAAUUCAGAUAUGGAAGAAGUAGAUAAAGAGCAAUUCUAUGUGCAUUUGCAAAAGACUAUAGACAAAUCCAGGGAAAGAAGCUGA